AUGCCUGUCUCUCACAUUGGUCUCACGGUCUCGCAUCUUCCGACUUCAUCCUCGUUCUUUCUGUCUGCCCUUCAGCCACUUGGCUAUCGCUACCUUGGACAGCAAGGCCAUCAGGUCGGCUUUGGGAUACGCGAAGCAGACUUCUUUCUGUGCCAGGAGACCCCCGGAAUCAAAGCCGGCGCAGCACACAUCGCAUUCACCGCUACAAGUCGCGCAGCCGUUCGAGACUUUUACUCAGCCGCACUGAAUGCUGGAGGGAGACCCAAUGGAUCGCCAGCAUGUCGCACUGGCGAUGACAGCCACUUCAACGCUGCAAUUCUCGACUUCGACGGCAACAGCAUCGAAGUCGUGUACAGCGGUGCACCGGAUUAUCGAGACGACGGGACUGUGAUUUCACAUAGCAGGGUCAUCACUUGGGAGCGCACAGUGUCGCAGAGCAUGCGCGACGAUGCCAGUGUUAUCAGCUCACGCACAGCUAAAUCCGUUGCGCAGACCACGACUGAUGUGUCGAAGGCACCGUCGGUUGCUUCGAAGGCACCAAGCCUCGUAUCGCAAGCACCAAGUGUAGCCAGGAGUAUCUCAGAGCCUGCUGCCGUUCCUCAGGUCGCCCCACCAGUGGCCAGUAGGAGCGGCGAUGCUGCCACAACUCUCGUUGGCACGCUCCUUGGUGCAGCAGCUGGCGCAGCAGUGGCGUACGCCUUCGUGCGCAGCGAACGAGAUAGCGCAAAGAAAGAGGCAGAUUUCAGCGCGUUCAUGGAGGCGAAGGAUACGGUCAGGGCAGCUGUGGGCCAGCUCGCUCAGGCCUCACCACCUCCCCAGCCACCCCAGCAGGACCCACCGCCAGCAUACGAACCAGCCCCCUCCAUGACCAGAUCAGUCGCAUCAGUACACCGCAACGAUGACGCAGGGUCCGUCGUCUCCGCUUCACCGUCUCGGGCGUCGCAAGUCCCCAGGACGCGUAGCCCGAGGCAGAUCGAGGCAGCGCCUGCCAGUUACUAUGCACCUGCACCCUCACAGGUAUCCUUGUCGCGAUCGCAGACCGCAGAGCCUCUCCAGAUCGAGUAUGCACCCGCGCGCUCCGUUGCUGGAUCUGACUUGCGAUCGCGGUUCAGCUCUUCUCGCUCAAUGACAAGUCCUGAGUUGCGGACCAUCGAGGCGGCUAGAAGCAUUGCAUCAGUGUCCACCGCCAGACCUGAAAGCAGGGCUCCUUCACGCGCCCAGAGCGUUGCCCACAGCACAGCACCCAGCUCUUUGAUAUCAUCUUUCGUGCCUGAUCAUGUCUCCAGAAAGCCUGAGGGUAGCGCUUACUCGCAUCACUCCAGCAGGUCCAAGGCGAAGUCGUCCCACACCGAGGCAUCGAAAAAUAGCUCGCACUUGAGAAACACAAGUAAACGCAGCAAGGAGGAAGAGUCGUCUGCCUCGCCUCCGCUGCCAGCCUCAGAAGCUCCCUCGAAGAAGCCUUCGAAGGCGGCGUCUGUCAUCAGCAGCCUCUUUAGUCGUGAUAAGGAUAAGAAGUCAUCGGCCGACAGUGACUUCAUUGAUGAUUUGGACAUAGACGAUCUUACUGAAGACGACUAUGAGACUGUAGUUCCUAGUGACAGCAUCAGUCAAGCCGGCUCCUCACGCCGCUCGCACCGCCGCAAGCAUCGCAGCAGAACGGACGAGCUCAAAGACGAGGCCGGAACAACGGUCAGCAAGUCCUCGCACCGCUCUCACCGGUCCCACCGCUCGCACAAAUCGCGCUCGCACCACGACGACUCGGACUCCGAUCACUCGACCGAGUCGAGGCGCAGACACCACAGCAGCCGCCCAACUAUUGUAUCCGAGCCCAGCGAUAUGAGCACCGUCAAGCCUGUCAAGAGCUCCUCUCGAGACAAGGAGAGGCGUAAGGAUUCGGUUACCGAGAGCAGCAAAUAUGAUAAUCUGUUCGAUCAGGUGCAAUAUGGGCACGGCUCUGUUCCUAAGCGCUAUCAGCUUCGCGUUAGGGCAGAAGAUGAAGGUAUUUGA